AUGGCUAAAACUGGAGGUGGGAUUGUUAAACGAUCUGUUCAUAAGCCUUCUAAAAACAAGAAAAGAAAGGCAGAAGAAGUUUCAAGAUCUUCAAAAAAGAAAAAAAUUAUAGGUGAAAAACCCAAGUCUAACUCGGAUUCUGAUACUAUGGAUGAAAUCUACAACUAUGAGGACAGUAGUGCCCAAGCUACUGAUGAUGUUGAGUCUAGUGAAGAAAACACUGACAGUGGAGAUGAGGAGACUAGUAGAGAUAGCCGAGAUACUGGAGAUGAGGAUGAUGAUCCUCUGUCCUUGCCAACUUGUGCAAGAGAAAUCUCUGUUUGCAUUGAUUAUGGGGCUGAAUUGCUCAGCAUACCCCGUCAUGCAAAAAUAAAAAAAGUGCUUCAGAAAGGUGAGAAAUUUUACUAUAAAGUUUGGAUAUAUGAGGUUUUUCCUCAUCUUGGUAAUUAUGCAAAGAAGUCCUUGGAUUCUCCACUGCCAAUUCCCCGUUUACUUAGAUGGCACACGGCAAAGAGCGAUAACAUUGUCAAAGGUGAUCCAUUUAAGUACAAAGCAAUAGUCGAUGAAGAUCUUGCUAUAGUUGAUGAGUACUUUGCAGAAGAAGUUAAUGAACAAGAGAAGGAGAAGAUGGUAGAAAAAGAUGAAGAGAAGAGGAGAAACUGGAAGAGAACGAAGAAGAAAUUGAAGAGAAAGGAGAAGAUCGAAGAGAACAAAGAACAAGAAAAAGAAGAGGAGCAGAUUGAAUUGCAGGAAGAAGAAAAAGAACAUGAGAAGCUGGAAGAGAAAGUAGAUGAAGGCAGUGAUGAAAAUUCAAUGGACGUGAUGGGUAUUGUUAUGGAGCUCAAUGGUGAGCUAAAUGGUGAUGAGUAA